AUGGCAGCCAUGCGCGCAAUCGUUUUGCCAUGGCUGGCAGGCGUCGCAGCCGCGAACAUGAACGGGAAGUACAGUGUGGCGAGCGGCGACCGGCAGGACGUUGGCUUCAACGACGACUUUGCCUCGAAGGGCCAUGAGUUCUUCGAUGUCUGGUCCCCUGAGAUUGCCACACACUACGGGGAGGUGUUCUGGACUGACCUGGGCAACCAGCCGCUGCCGACGGAAAUUGUGCAGCGCUUCAAAGGGAAGGUGAUUGCCAUCACAGGCUACGAGAUGGACCAGGUGAUGGUGCAGCCCACGGGCCAGCCAGGGAAGAACCCCAAGCAGGAUGUGUCUGUUCCCAUCAACUGGGCUUACAACCACCACUACAUGAUGAUGAUGACCGGCGAGCACUCGGAAGUGCGGAAAGUGCCGGCGGCUCCCGGUGACCCCAUGGCCCACGGCGCUGCCAGCAAGUGGAUCGCCAUCGACCGACCGUCGGCCGCGACUCGGGAGGACCCCUCCAUCCCCACCUCCCACCUCUUCUCCGAGGGCAACGGCGGGGAAUCCAGGAAGUCCUUCCACGGCUACCCCGAGGGCUACGCGCAGCUCCUCGAGUCCCCGGACCUGUGGCACAUCACGCCCAUGCAGGUGGACACCCGGAACCGGGACUGCGGCGUGAGCCCGGCGGACAUCGGGAAGUGCAGCUCGCCCUUCGUGCCAGGCCCCGAGCCGCGGCAGACGCGCUGGGGCCUGGGAGUGCCGAAGGUCACCAACUACAGUGGUCUUCUGGAAUGCCCCUGCAACUCCCGGUUCGGGGGCGAUCCGAUGUUCUACCCGGAUUCCAAGACCCACAUGGUGGAGCGCAAGUACACCCUGGUGGGCAUGGGCUCCUGCAGCAGCCAGCAGGUGGUGCAGAACGCGUCCGACUGCUUCGCGGCCGCGCCCCAGCUCGGGAUUAACGGCUCGCAGUUCAUCAACCAGACAGUGGCCGACGACAAGCUGCCGCCGGGUUGUUCCGUGAUGCGGCUGCAGAACGACUCAGUCGUGGUCAACUUCAACACCAAAGAAGGCGCCGAGGGAAAGUGCAGCAGCUCCAGCGAGCGCUCGGGUGAGGGCACUUCCCCAGUAGGGGUGAAGAUCCAGAUCAGCCUGGAUGGCAACGGCAUGUACAAGAUGUCCCCGAAGGGCCAGUUCUGUAGCAAGAACCGGGACACCAAGAUUCAGUCCUUCCACAUGCAGGGCUCCUCCGUGUUGGCAGCGCGUGAGGCGCGGAACCGCUGCCUCCAGUUCUGCUGGAAUGAUGCGACCUGCUGGGGCUGCAGCGUCGACUGCGACUCUGAGCCCUACGCCUACGGGGCGCUCCUGACCGCUUGUCAGUGGAAUGCGAUCAAAUCCUGCGGCUCCAUAGAGGCUUGGGCGGGCUCCAUUGAGGGCGACGUGAGCGAGAAGCAGCCGCACGGCGGCAGCGCGCAGAUCACGUUGUCGGGCCCGGCCAGCGGGUGGUUCGGCGCCGGCUUCAACGCGGAGGCAAUGGCUGACAGCCCCUACACCCUGGUCGUCAACGACGCAGGCGUCACGGAGCGCAAAAUCGGCACCUGCGGCAGCGAGGCGGAGCACUGCCCUGGGGAUCUGCUGGCGCCCUCCAUCCGCGUGAUCUCCAACUCGGUGGUGGCGGGAGUGCGCACCGCCGUGGUGCAGCGAGCACUGGUUGGGCUGUCGAAGAACCACUACUCCUUCAACCCCUUCGCCGAUGAAACCAUCCACUUCAUCACUGCGGUGGGCCAGAGUCAGACCUUCGCCUACCACAAGGCCCACGGGCCCACGCAGGUGGCGCUCACUUCCGUGGGCUCGAGCUCCUGCAUUUGCGAUCAGGGUUUGGUGGGCCGCUUAUGCGCCACGGGCGGCGUGAACUGCACGGAGUUUGUGAAGGACUGCGCGGCAGCGCCGGCCGGCGACUUGUUCACCCAGCGCAACCCCACCUGCAACUCACGGCAGUACAGCGGAGGGCUGCACUGCUGCCAUCACCAGUACAUCAUGCUGGAUGCGGACCAGGAGGUGCGGCCUGAGCUCUUGCGGUACCACAUGAAGAUGCGGUUUUGGUUCCAGGAGUACCGCGCAAGCACAGGCAGCAAAGCCUCCCAUGCCAACUUGCCGCGGAUCUACUACCAGACCGAAGCCAAUGCAGGUGAGUAUGACAUCCCCCCGGCCUUUGCCAGAGGUCACCCAAUUGUGGGAUAUCCGGAGUGGCCUCCGAACAAGCCUACGCCUGGCACUAGUUGUACAGGAAACUGCCCUGAUGGGGCUGACUGCGAAUGUGUACACACGAUUACGUACCACUGGACAGUGAGCAACAUCCGCCUGAUCUACGCGGGAGGGCAUUGCCACGCCCCCAGCUGUUUGUCCAUCGAGCUCUACCACAACCUCAGCGGCACCCCGCAGCUGCUGUGUCGGCAGCUGCCAAAGUUUGGCCAAGGCAACUUCCCAAAGGACAAGUGGGAUGAAGCCGGUUAUGCGACGCUGCCGCCGUGCCUCUGGAGCGAUGAAGACCCCAGCUUGGACAACAGCGUGUGGCUACCGGCCAACACACCGAUGAUUUCUGUCAAGAAGAACAGAAACACCUUCUUGGGUCACUACGGCGAGAUGGCCUCGUGGCAGAUGCGUGGGGUCAACUUCCCAGCCAAGCCGCCAACUUUUGUCUGA